AUGCAAGCUGCCCUGCAAACUCUGAGCACCUGCCGAGAGGAAUCGCCCGAAGGCCGGUCCGAGCGGCACCGCGAUGCAGCGACCCCCACACCGAAGACUCACUCCCAGGACGUGGUUCCCACGCAGCUCCCUGCCUUUAUCAAAAGCCAAACAUACACAGCGAUCACCUCUUGCCUGCGCCCCAGCGUUUAUCAGGCGCCCUCAGAUGGUGCGGAGAUUCCCCCGCAGGCCCCACAAACACACUGGGGGAGCGGCCUGAGGGGCCGGGCAGGGGGAACGAGGAGCUCCCCGGGACAGGGAACCUCCACCUUGGGGCAACUGGGCUACACGGGCCCCCCGAGGCCAGCACCAUUCAUGCUCACCGCUCGCCGGGAGAAGGAGGCCGGGAAGAUCCCGAGCCCCGGGCGCGACUGCCGGCGAGAGAGGGCCGAGAGCGGCGGGGCAUGGAGCUCUCAAGCGGGCCGGGAGCGGCGGCCCCGGGAAGCGCGGAGCCGCCGGAGUGCGGGGGCUCCCCAGAGCCGGGAGCCUGACCCGAGCCCCCCUCCUCCCUCUCUCUCGCCCGCCCGUCCGUCCCGCCGCGCCACGUGCGCCGCCCGCACCUACCCGCGGGUGCCGCCGCCGCCGAGUGCGGCCGCCCCCGCCCCCGCCGCUAUAAGGGCGGAGGGGCGCGGGGGGCGGGGCGUGCCCGGCCGAGUCCCGCCCCGCCCGAGCGAGCCGAGCCCCCGACCCCCGCCCGCCCCGAGCCCCGGGUGCCGGCCCGCCGUGCGCCUCAGCACGUACGGCCCGGCGGGACCGGGCUUGGACCGCCCAGCCGGGAGGCGCGCGCCGGAUGACACUGACUUCUCUCAGCUUGUCCCGCGGAGUGACUCGGCGCAGGAGUUCCCCUCGCUGGGCAGAACAGGGGGGUCUCCUUGCCCCUCGCUGCCGGGCCCUCGUCCCUCCUUGGGCUCCUGGACACGCUCCCGAGAGUCCUGA